AUGCCACGAUUAGCGCAGGCCUCAGUAUGGACGUCGAUGAUUCCGAAAUUCCUCCGAAAUCGCGGAGCCAAGGGCGCGCAGACCGAUACUCCCAAGUCCAAGGAAUGGAACCCGGCGAGCUUCUACAUUAUCAUCUUCGUCCUGAUCGGAUCGCAAGCCAUCCGGAUGAUUGCGCUCAAGAACGAUUAUGCUGCGUACACGAGGACGACGGAUGCUAAGAUCCUGCUUCUGCGGGAGAUCAUCGAGAAGGUGAAGGCCGGUGAGAAGGUAGAUGUGGAGCGGUUAUUGGGGACGGGCGACGAGGCGAAGGAAAGAGAAUGGGAGGAAGUUCUCCGGGAAAUUGAAGAGGAAGACUCGUUGUGGCAUAAGAAGUCUAAGGAGUCGGAAACCAAGGAGAAUCCAGCGCCUCAGCCGGAGCCGAAGGAGGAACUCAAGAAAGAUACGGUGGUUCCCGCAGUUGGAUCUGGAACUGAAGAACCUCCCAAAGACGGCAAGACAAAACGCAAACUCAACUUCUUCUGA